CUUGGAAAAAAAGUGGAAAAAAAAUAUCAUGGGCUCACAUUCGCAAAAAUUAUCUUGAUUUUUUUUUCGCAUAAUGCCUUUAUUUUUAAUUAAAUAACUCGCAAUUCUCAUUGGCACAUGCCAUUUCAAAUCUCGGAAAUAGUACUUUUUUUCUUCGAAUUGCUUCGAUACCCAUCCAACUUCACGGCACUGCUUUGGAAUCGUGCAGGAAAUGAAAAAUGAACUUCAGAAAUCCUUCAAAGGGUUCAGCGCUUUCGUAUAUUUAUGAGAUUAUCGGAAAUUUACAGAGGUUCGUGCAGAACUUCGUUAAAAUCAGUUUUACGGACGUUUUAUUUGUACGGAUAUUAUACAAAACAAGAUUUCUGUAUAUUUAUAAUAAAUGAAAUAAACUCUUCAAUAGUUACAUCACAGUAACGAAACGAGAUUUAUUUAUAUAUAGUUUAAACUUUCGUACGGGAUGGUGCAUUUUCAUCUAAAUGCCAACGAAUUUUUCUUUACAGCUUCCAUGAAGUUUUUCACGGAUUUAGAAUUCGAUAUAUGUAUAGAAUAUUAGAUACACAAGUUGAUCGACGAUGUAAGCCGUCGAUUAUUUAUUUCACGGAAUUAUCUUCCACGUGACGUAUCUUUUAAACAUAUUUAUUUACGUAUUUUUUGCAGGCCAUGAGGUUGGUUACAGAGAAAGAAAACGUUUAACCCUACUUCGAUACCAAUCAAAAAUAUAACCUAUCGAGUAAUUUUAAUCACGAAAUUUUUUUCGAACAUCUUAUGUAACGAUAUACCGAGUAUACUGCAAUGGUUUUACGCACUCGUGAAAUUUACCCCAUUUCAUUUAAGAACUCUAAAGUACUACUCGUCUUGUCUGUAUGUUGCACAAAAAUUUGCAAUCGCGUCGACACAGUCGGUGUGAUGAAUGCGUGUAAUCUUUUUUCGCAGUAAACAUCCGAGAAAAUUUUUUUCUCGUGAGCACGUUGCGUUGAUUAACGAACACGCGUGCGUACCGUAAAACCAGCUUAGCUAACACUUUACAUUACAACCAACGUCAUAACCUACCUGAACUUUUUCAGUCUACGGUAGGCAUGAAUCACGUAGUUUAUCAAUUAGAACUUUUGAGCUUUAAACUCCCGGAAGUGACGCAAUCGUCGUUGAGCUAGUAGUAUGUGCACGCAGCCAAUGUUAUCCAUGUAGCAGCGUCCCGUUAUCAUAGUCCUACCGAAGGACCCCUAGUGCUGUUUAUUAUCGAUUUCCAGAAGAACGUUGACGGUGACAAGCGUGAAUCAGUUGGCAUUGGCACUGUCUUUCCUUCUCGGAAGAGUUUGAUGUAAGAGAUCACGGCAAGGUAUGUUUCGUAUCCCAAAUACAACGAUGCCUGUGACUACUACAGCCACUAAGAAAACGAAACAAACACAGGCUUGCUUAUACGCGUCCUAUGAAUGUACUCAACCUUGUUUAGAAGGAUACAAUUAUUGCGGUAAACAUAUUCUUGAGGAUCCAACUGCACCUUUCAAACAGUGUGGCUUUGUCUACAAUACUAACGGAAGAAAAUGCCAGAACCCAGCACCAAAGUUAGAUAGAAGAGAUAUUUCAUAUUGUACCGAGCAUACUAGAAAAGCUCAAAUAGCACGCAUAAAAUCAACGUCGCGUCAUUCUUUGCAACAGACACCUGAAAUGCUCUUACUUAAUUUAAGUCAUUACGUUAAACCCGCCGAUUCGAGUACCGAGGAUACAGAAGACGAAGAGGGAAAAGUCAAAGCUUUAGAUCCUUUUACUGAAGUUGAUGCAUUUAGAGUAAACGCGAGUGGAUGUGAUAUUUUAGAUUAUGCAAGUUCUUCGGACAGUGAUGUCGAACCAACGGUUGUGAGCGAUACUUUGAGAGGAAGUUAUCUAGAUGAUAGCGACGAUGACAGUCUAUACAGUGCACAAGAAGAUCCCUUAAAUAUUAAUUUUUUAAGGCAUGCUGGAAUCUUUACUGCCGAAGAGGUGAUAUACAUCGCACGAGAAAAACUAAUUAGGUUACAGUCACUUUAUAUAGAGCAAUUUAGAAGACUGCAAUAUACGCUCAGGGAAAAGAGACGAAAAUAUUUACACGCGCUUAAAAAGGAAAAAGAAACGUUGUGUAGUAUACACGAUCAACCAAAGGAACUGGCGAAAGAAAAAAAGAUUUACGAGAAAUUGAAAGCUUUAAACAGAUAUCAUAGACGAAGCGGAGUUGAAGCUAUAUUGUAUAGGAAGUCGUUAGAGCGUAGAGCACAGGUUACCGAUGGGUCUACGCAAAAAAUACCAAGUGUAUCAAAGUGUAUUUUUACGGAAGGUGGAGUGAAAUGCGGGGAAAGAACUCUUCCCGCUGCAAAGCAUUGCCGUAAACAUAUUCUUAAAGACCAACAUCAAGUUUUAUUUAAAGCAUGCGGAGCGGUACGAGCAGAUAUAGAAUGUCACGAGCCUGUACCUAUAAUUUUUGAUACUAAUUGCGUGUUUCAUAUGAAUUUACCGAACGAAUGUAAAUUAGAAUCGAUGAAGUUUAAGGAAUCCAAACCUGAAGCACCAGAAAUAUCGAUAACAGAUAGUCAGUCUAUGGAAAUUGAUGUAGUAGGUGAAAUUCAAGAAAUUGAUCCAGAUGAUGAUAUGGCUGGAUUAAUGCGAGAGAUGAGCGAUGCUGCGCACAUAAAGCCUGCAUUUAACGAAAGCCUGAAUAGUGAAGCUAGCACGGAUACAGCGUUUAGUUUAUCGGCACAGAUGAGUGAUAGAGAUGACCUUGUUUCUGAGAUUUCAUGAGUCCGUUACACCCUUAAAACGUGUAAAUUUAAUUACUUUCAUUUAUUAAACACUCGCACACAGAAGGAAGUCUUUUAAAUUGAAGGUGCACAUUGUGUGAUAAUGAAAGAUACAUUGAUGUAAAUUUAUUGUUGAGCAUUAUUGGCGUGUGUAAAUAUGUAACUCGCUCACAUUGUUUCAUUAUUCGAUUUGAGAAAUAAAAAUAUAAUCGUU